AUGGGCGUUCUGGAAGCGCUCUGGUUUACCCGCAGUCGGAAACACACUGAUGCCUCCCAGCUUAUGACCGACGCAUCUACUACCCGAUGGUACCUGAUGACGAAGUGUACCUUACAGCGCAUCGUGCAGCUGAGAGGACCAGAAAGCUUUUCCAGUCCGGUAGCUCUCGCCAUAUUCAACCAGUACUGGGUACUCGAAUCGCUUCGGACUCUGGCAUUCGAUGAGGAUAACACACUUGCAGAUCCCAAAUGGCUGAGCCUGCUCGGCCGCGCUGAAGAGUCCAGCACUCGGGAAGUGGCCACCCAAAGAGAUCAGACCCGGCUGCUGCGAUGUAUGGCUCUUUUGGGUAGACUAAACUACCGUUCGCUGAUCUGGUUAGAACGAGCUCGAGCUAUGCGAUAUAGCAAUAGCCUGCCCACACAUAAUAUUUCUAGUUUGCGAGACAGCAUUCAUUUUGGGGAAGGAAAAGACAUCAUACAGGAAGGACAUAUGGUCCGCCAAGAGUUGCUACAGCUGGCUCCGGAUCUGCAUACAUAUAACUGGAUACAAGCCAGAUCGCUCUUCGAUUUGAUGAUGUCGUUGUAUCACUGCGGUCUCAUUAGCCUCUCUCGAUUAUUCAUCGAUCCGCUGUGGAGUAUUCUGGGCGAACCGCUCCCCAUGUUGCCGGAAGACGCGAUUAGAUAUCAUGCCAUCGCAGCGCUUGAGCACUUGCAACGGCGACUUCAGGUCGCAGGCAUGGAGUCUGUAUUCUUCCUUCCGUUACUCACCACAGUUGCCUUGGAGGUGCGGAGCCGGGUAUAUCGUGACAAAGUAUCGCGGAUCUUUGAUUCAGUGGAAGGAAAAGGGUUCGCAGUGGCUGCCACGGCUAGAUCAGACGUUCAGCUGGCCUGGGCAUUAGUUGGGAGCUCUGGGGUUGGAUAG